GCUACCUGAAGAUAUUUUCCAAGUUGUGCCGAUUUUCAACCGUGGGAGUGCGAUGAGCUCGGCCACGCUAGGCUGCUGCCUUGGGGUGGCUUUGGUCGUAGAUGACAUCCACAAAGGAUGCAACUUGGCCUUCCGGUACCCUGCCCCACAAAGUGAUAGCCACGUGUCUGCGUUCCAUCGCUUAAGUUCCGCGCUCGUGGCCAAGCUCUUCCGCCCGAAGAAUGUCCUCUGUAACCAAACGUUCCAACUCGUGAUCGACGACCUGCGCUUCAUCAGCCAUCCCGUGACGAUCAAUGUGCCCACAUCUGCUACGAACCCAACGCCAUCCACGACUGCGACCACCUCCACCAACGGCGGCGGCACUGGACGACGUGACACGUCCAUGUUCAACGUCAUUUUCGCGUUGGACGAUUCGAAGCUCGAUGGGAUCCUCGCUCCUUCUUCCUCGCGCACCUCGUCGUCGUCGUCCUCCCAUCGCGACCAGAAGGUCCACGCAUUCGCCCAAGUCGCGUCUCAGUUAGCGCACGCACUGAUGCAUGAAGAAGCGCGCGUGGGGUUCGUCACCACUGAAGUGCGCGAGCUGCUGCAUAUCCGCGACGAAAUUGCGCAGAAUGAGCGGCAGCUAGCGUUGCACUCGUCCGACAACAACUCGAACGGCGGCAACGGCAACAACGGCGACAAGGACACCCAGGGGGAUGUCGACGUCGACCCGCAGACGCUCAUCGACGUCGCGCUCGGCAAGAGCAUCCUCGCAAACGACCUCAAAGCCAUCUACCACGGGUUGGAAGAGGACGGCGCGGUGCAUGUGCUGCUCAACCGGUGGGUGCAGCUGUCCCUGACGCUGGACGACGCCACCACCGUCCACAUCACGUCCAUGCGGCCGUAUCACACACUCCUCCUCCUCCACGACAACGACAAGGUGCUUGAUGCGCUCCCGGCCGACGCGUCGCCGCAGCUCCGCCUCCUCAUCGACGCGCACAACCCCCUGCGCGACUUCCAGGAACUCAUGCUCGAGACCGGGCUUCCCCUCAAGCAACUGUUCCGCCUCGCCGCGCAUCUCGUGUACUGGGGCGUGGCCAAAGUGAUCGAAGCCAUCACCAUGUACAACGUCUACCAAGUGAGUCCCGCCGCCACGAACGUGCACAGCCAGUCGGCGACCGCGCUCGAGUUUCGCCGCAAGUUUACGUUCAUGGAGCUGUCGGAGGUGCUCGCGACGUUCAACGGCAAGAGUCGACUGUCGGCGUUCAUGACGACGUUGAAUCCGCAGCGCAAACUCGAAUAUGUCCACAUGCUGAUUUGGCUGCUGCAGCACGAGUAUGUGUCCCAGAUGCACCGAUAUGUUUAUUUGAUGAUCCCGGACCCCGAAGAAGGAAACAACGACGUGCACCUACCGCCGCCCGUGCCGCUAUCGCCGCUCCUCCCGCCGACGUACUCGCCGCAGUCGUCCGAGCCAGCCGCGACGGAGAAGGAGUUCCUCGCGCAACUCGCGCGACGGACCAACACCCCCACACCCGUCGUCGACUUGUUUCGACGGCUUGAACCCUACUUUCACGGCCAGCAUCACCUCGUGGAAAUCAUGUGGCGCGAGAACGUCACGCGGGGCGAACUGCGCACCGUGCUCAGCACGUACAUGCACAUCCUAGCGUUUGCAGACCAUGAGUGAUGGAGCCACGUGGACGGUUCAUCCACAUGCUUGUAUGUGGUUGGAAGACGGCCUUCCGCCUCGCUCGCGCGGAUAUUGCAAAUCGCGGAAAUCAAUCACAAGGAAAUGAUCAUGGCUGCAACACUGCUAUUUUUAAUAUUUCAAUUAUUCAAUACAUUUUCCAAGUGGUUUAUCAGAUGUCGC